AUGAGAAUAUAUCAAUGUCAUUUCUGUUCAUCUCCAGUAUAUCCAUUACAUGGGAUUAUGUUUGUUAGAAAUGAUGCUAAAGAAUUUAGAUUCUGUCGUUCUAAAUGUCAUAAAAAUUUUAAACAACGUCGUAAUCCACGUAAAUUAAGAUGGACUAAAGCUUUUAGAAAGGCUGCUGGUAAAGAAUUAGUUGUUGAUUCUACUUUAACUUUUGCUGCUAGAAGAAAUGUUCCUGUCAGAUAUAAUAGAGAUUUAGUUGCCACUACUCUUAAAGCCAUGUCUAGAAUAGAAGAAAUUAGACAAAAGAGAGAAAGAGCCUUCUAUAAGAAUAGAAUGAAGGGUAAUAAGGAAAAACAAUUGGCUGCUGAUAAGAAAUUAGUAGAAGAAAACCCAGAAUUAUUAAGAAUGAGAGAAGUUGAGUUAAGAAGAAAGGCUGAAAGAAAGGCCGCUAAAGAAAAUGCCAUGGAAGAAGAUAUUGAACUAGAAGAACAAGAAGAACAAGAAAGUGAAAUCGCAGAUAUGAGUGUAGAUGAAGAAAUGGAAAGUGAAUCUGAAUCUGAAGCUGAACAAGUUAAACAAAAGGUAUUGUUAAAGAACAAGAGAAAGGUAAGACGUUAA